AUGACGGUCAUCACGCCGCUGAACUCGAUGAUCAACCACCUCCGACAAUUGGCGCUGCGAGAGGGCUCGAAUCCAUCGCCACAGGCGCAUCUCGAGUUGCUGCGGAUGAUCGACCAGCUCAGGCUGCUCGUAGAAUCGCCGACAGAAACCGUGUUGCGUCUGAUCUACCAGCCCCCACAAAAUGCUGCCUUGCGCGCUGUCGUCGAUAUGGGAAUCUUUCCGUUGCUGGUGGAGAAACAAUAUCGUGAGACAGGGAUCUCGGCGGAGCAACUGGCGGAGUAUACUCAGGCAGAAACUGAUCUGAUAGUUCGUCUGAUGCGUGUUAUGACCUCCUUAGGGUUGUGUUCAACCCUCGCAACAGAGGUGUAUCGUGCCAAUGAGAAAACUGUGGCCUUGACCCAACCUAUUGGUAGAGAUGGUGUGCCAUGCAUAUAUGACCUCACAGUGCCCACCCUGAGCAAAUUAUCCGAAUACCUGCGAGUCCACGACUAUUGCAAUCCGCAGGAAUAUGCCCGAUCCCCUAUGCAGUGGACCGUUGGCCAAAGUCAAUUCGAAUGGCUGGCGAGCCACAAACGACAGCAAACCUUGUUCAAUUCGUACAUGGCGAGUCGUCGCCAGGGCCAGCCAAUGUGGUUCGAUACGUAUCCGGUGGAGCGGCUACUGGGCCAUGCAAUGCCAUACGGGGACACGCCUUUCGUGGUUGAUAUUGGUGGUAAUCAAGGCCACGAUCUGAGCCGAUUUCGACAAAAGUACCCGCAUCUGCCAGGAAAGUUGGUUCUGCAGGAUCUUCCCAAGGUCGUCGAUGGGGUGUCUUGCCGAGACUCGGGGAUUGAAGUCAUGGGAUAUUCGUUCUUUGAUCCUCAGCCGAUUCAAGGCGCACGCGCAUACUACUUUCGCUCCAUCUUCCACGAUUGGCCCGACCACAUCUGCCAACAGAUCUUGCAGAACACGAUCUCUGCGAUGGCCCCCGACUAUUCCCGCAUUCUGAUCGUGGACUUCGUAUUGUCGGACACGGAUGCGUCUCUCAUGCAAGCUUCGCUGGAUAUCCAAAUGAUGAGCAUCGGGGCAGGCGUGGAGCGAUCAGUGCGUCAAUGGCGAGACUUGCUGACUAGCGUGGGACUGACAAUCACCGGAAUCUGGAAUCAGAAUGCGGACAUGGAGUCUGUGAUUGAAGCAGUGCCGCGGGCGAAUGUCGUGGCGGAGAGAAGGUGA